AUGAAGGGAAUUAUCAAGCUCGCCAUCGCGGCCACCAUGGUCGCGAGCGCCACGGCCGACGCUCACCACCACCAGCACGCUCACCUGCAUGCUAAGAAGCACAGCCCGGUCGAGAAGCGUGAGCUCGUCGUCACCUACGUCCAGGGCCCGACCGAGACCGCCUACGUGUACGAGAAUGGCGAGGCUGUCGCCGCUGCCGAUGCCAAGGCUUGCUUGGAGGGUGGUGACUGCAAGGUCGUUGGAGCCAGCACCCCCACCUUCUCUCCUCCCCCGCCGCCGCCCAAGCCGACGACGACGAGCUCGCUCGCCGCCCAGUUCUUCGAGCAGAAGACCACUUCUUCUUCGUCGCCUCCCCCGGCACCCAAGCCGACCACUUCGGCCCCCGCUCAGCAGUCGUCGUCCUCGAGCAACACCGGCGCCACGGGCCUCGACGCCGACUUCCCCAGCGGACAGGUCCCUUGCAGCGUCUUCCCCUCGCAGUACGGCGCCGUGGCUCUGGACUGGCUGAACCUCGAGGGCUGGGCCAGUUACCAGACCCCCCGGAACUCGUGGGUCAAGGGCAUGGCUAUCGCCGAUAUCGACCAGCCCAUCAGCGGAAGCUGCCCCAAGAACACCUUCGCCUCGUAUGCCUGCCCUCCGGGCUACACCAAGUCCCAGUGGCCCGUUGACUCCCAGGGAGCCACUGGCCAGUCGAUCGGUGGUCUCUGGUGCAACUCCAACGGUAUGCUGGAGCUCACCAACCCUGCUUUCAAGACCCUCUGCAUUCCCGGUGCUGGUGGUAUCUCCAUCAGGAACGAGCUCAGCGGCACUGCCUGCACUUGCCAGACCAACUACCCCGGUGACGAGAAGAUGUCGAUCCCCUUCUGCACCGACCCUGGCCAGACUCUGACCCUGACCAACAUGGACGCCGCCAAGUCGUACAUGUGGCAAGGAAAGUACACCAGCGGCCAGUUCUACGUCAACCCCUUGAAUGUGGCCAAGAAGGACGCUUGCACCUGGAACAGCCCUACCAACCCCAGCUCGGCUGGUAACUGGGCCCCGACCAACAUUGGUGCUGGCAAGGACAUCCACGGCAUCACCUACAUCUCCAUCUUUGCCAACCUGCCCACCAGCUCGGCCAUCCUCGACUUCGACAUUGAGAUCCAGGGUGACAUUACUGCUCCUUGCUGGCUGAAGGGUGGAAAGUACUACGGCGGCGGUAACGGCUGCACUACCGCUAUUUCCGGUAACGGCAAGGCCACCAUCGUCUUCAAGCACUGA